AGCAAGCAGCUAGCAGCAGCAGCACACACGCGACGAACAAGACGGAAUGGGCCUGUGUGUGUCGUACGACGCGGCGGCCGCGAGGGUGGUGCUCCCCAGCGGCGAGCUCCGGGAGUACUCGCCUCCCGCGACGGCAGAGCUGGCUCUUGAGGAGGUGGGGCACCAGGAGUGGUUCGUCUGCGACGCCGACGCGAUGGGGUUCGAGGGCUCCGUCGCGGCGAUGGCCGCCGGUGAGCGGCUCCAGCCGGGGCAGAUCUACUUCGUGCUCCCCGCAGAGAUGCUGCGCCGCUGCCUCACAGGCGAGGAGGUGGCCUCGCUCGUCGUCAAGGCCAGCGCCGCCCUCGUCAAGGCCGCCACCGCCUCGUCAGCUGGCGGCCGGCGCCGGCGAGGCUCCGUGGCGCCGCUCAUGUUCGCGCCGUCGGAGGAGGAUUACUCCGACGAAACCUUGGCGAAGUUUGCAGUGAAGCCGGCGGUGCCGCAGAAGCGGAGGGUGGCCUACCGAGGCGGGAGGUCGCCGCCGCGGUUCUCGCCCGACUUAACCGCCAUUUUGGAGAGCGAGUAGAGGCGCAGGGCACACGAGACUGCCAGAAAAAAGGGGCAUUUUUGCACAUAGCCCUGCCCCGCCUAGCCGCGAGAGAUGCGUGGUUCCGGCCGCUGAUGUUAGAUCGGACGGUUGAGAUACACGCGGCAAAUGGUAUGUGGAUUAGUUUGUCAAGUUGGGUGGUAGAAGCAGUCGUGUUUCACUGUUUUGGGCGUUGCUAAUUUAGACGUCAGAGAAGCAGGAGGGAAUGCAC